AUGAAUCAAAAGUUACAAAUUCUUUCGCAUUUUAACUUUCAAAAAUUUAAGAUAUUAACUUCGUCAUAUAAUGGCAUCACACCAUCAAUUCAAUUCAAACCGAUAAACAUAAAUAGGUUAUAUUCAAUUUGUUUAAAUAAUUAUCGUUUCUUUUCAACUCCAGUUACUACACCAUUAACAGUUACCACGAAAAAAAAACUAAAUCAAACGACAAAAAUUAAAAUUCGACCACUUCCUGAGAUAUCAUCAAAGACUCCACGUUAUAUCGCUUAUGGCAUAAUUGGAAUUUCAAUUUGGGCUACUGCUAUCGCAAUAUCAUUUAAUCAUCAACGUAUAAAUAGUAGUUCAGUUAAAGAAAGUCUAUUUAAUGUAAAAAAUCAUCCAAAAGCCAUUCAACAUUUGGGAAGAAAUAUUAAUUUUGCACCACCUCAAUGGUGGCCUUUUCCUUCACAACGGAAAUUUCCAUGGAUUUCAGGGAAUAUUAAUCAAUUGAAAGGAAUUGUAGAUUUUAAAUAUUGGGUAGAAGGAAGUGAUGGAAAGGGUAUUGUGAAAUUUCAUUCCGUUCGAUCAUUAAAGGAUGGAGGGAAAUGGAAUAUUGUGGAAUUCAAUUUGACGACAGAAGAUGGCAAAAUUAUAUCAUUGAUAGAAUAA